CCACUUUCCUUAACCAACCAUCAAGUUUAUUUAUCGUUUAAUUAAUCUACAAAAAUUCCUUUAAUUUAAUAUAUUCACAUUCAAACACUCCAUCUUUGAACUUACUCCUAUAAAUAAUCUUUCACCCACCUACAAUAAUAAUCAUUUGCACACAAACUCUUCAAUCUUUUACAACAUGAGCACACACAAUCAAAAGCAGAACAAGUCUUUACUAAGCCGCCUUAGAACGGCGGUGCAAAAGGUGAAGCUUCUUAUAAGCUCCACCAUACUCAACCACACAUGGAACGCUGCAAAAAUGCUUCGUGGUGCUUCUUUGAGUAAUCGACAACUAAGUUUCAACGAUCGUCCGGGAUUGAUGAUGUGUUCUUCGGAGGAAACUGAUUCAGAGGGUUCUGUUUCUCCAUCUCCUUGUCUUCAAAGGACAAUAAGUUUCCCUUCAGAUGAGGAUGACAUUGAUAAAAGAUCGGAAAUUUUCAUAGCUAAUUUCAGACGACAACUUUUGUUAGAGAGACAAAUCUCAUUGCAGCUACGUUAUUGCAAGGAACAAAAUAGUUCUGGAUUGAUAUCUCCUUGAAUAUAUAUUGUUUUGUUUUUGUUUUUGUUUUUGUUUUCUUGAGUUUGAUUAUGUCUAAUCGAUAUUAAGGAUGAUACAUUAAUGGAGGACUCUGUUUUUUGCUGGAAGGAUCUCCAAUGAGACCACAUAUUAAAACAAUUGUUGGUUUAUUUAUUUCUUUUUUUGUUAGAUUGGUUUGACCAUAAGAGGCUGCAAGCAACAUUAGUUUUAUGUUUUUGUUAGUUGUUCCUUCGUUCUCUACCAUUUGUUUCUUUCUUUUUCAAUUGUUCAUGUACAACAAAAUACAUUGAAUUAUUAAAUUGUAUUUUAUAGACAUAGUUGUCUCCUUCCAAUCCAA